AGUCACGAUAUUCAGGAUCCAUUUCCAUAAUGCUCCCUAAGUCCAUGGCGAGUGGCUGACCUUUGUGCCCCGUUUAGGACUUAAGCGUUCAUGGUCACUUCAGCAUUUUGAAGUUUCAAGGCUGUGUGCACUUACUGCUGCCUACUACAGAAAGAAGAACCUCUGACCAAGACUGACAGCUGAAGAGAUCUAAUUGUAGAAACAGAAAUACUUACAAAGCAGUUACUAGUACUGUGUACUGUACUAAUUCCUUCCUAUAGUGCAGAUCAGAAGGAAAUGAAUUAAACACUAACUCCAUGUCACUGCUGCACCAGUGAUUUUCUCAUAUUCUGUGGGCUACCAUUUAAAUGGUACUUUCUUCUCCUUUAACGAAAAGUCUUAAUUUCAUGAGAUCCUUUGUGUUAAUUUUUGGUCUCAUUUCCAAUUAGAUGAGAGUCCUAUUCAGAAAACCCUUACCCGUGCUUAGAAGUGGGAGUAUUUUCUCUACCGUGUCCUUUGGCAUUUUCAGAGUAUCAGGUCUCAUUUUGACAUCCAUGACCCAUUUGGUGCAGAGGCUAUGUAUGGCAGAAGAUAAGGGGCACAGUUUCAUUUUCUGUAUUCUGAAAACAAUUUUUCACAACCGCUAUAUUUGAGACAGUAUCUUCAAAUGCUAACAGACACACACACACACACACACACACACACACACACACACACUGAAAUACAAAUAUGCAUGCAAUGUUACACUCAGUAUUCACAAGUGCAUUCUGCAUAUAAAAUGGAUCACUUUGAAAUAACCAGCUAUGUAGUAAGUAAUAUGAGGCCAAGCUCUGACCACUCAGAGUAAGGCAUGGAAACCAUUUGCAUUUGAAUAAAUUCUCAGCCAGACUUAUAGCCUGGCUCAAAUACUGCAGAUUGAGGGGUCAUUUUCUUGGGUCCUCAGACCCUUAUCACACUAAUAAAAUAAAAAACAAAACAAAACUGUAAACACAGGACAGGACAAAUGAUUCUUACUUUUGAUGAUGAAUAAUAUUUAAAUUGCCCGUAAUUCCAGCAUUUCAUUAGUUUUAGUUAUUAAAAGCCCAAAGCACAAGGCUGCCUGGAAAGGAGCAGAAUCAUGUGGAAGACAAGGGUGGCCAGAUGCAACCUCACAUACAAUGCGACAGAAAAACCGACCCUGCCUUCACUGUCCUCCCUUCUUCUCAGUGAGGAAGUUCAAGAUUGGAGUCCUGGAAAAAAGGAUACAACAUGGUGGAGAAGGCAGAGAAACUGUUGAGCACAAUCCUAAGGUGAAGCGGUUUUGUUUGAAAGCAAGACAAUAAUCGGCCAUAGAGUGACACCAUUUCAGUAAGAAAGAACACUUGUGUGUUGUGUGCUAGUUACACGUGAACAGCACAUGAGGAUGACCUCCACGGCAAAGGGUGGACUGCUUUUCACUGCCUUCCAUUCUCUACAUUUGGAGGUUUGAACCACACAAAUAGUUCAAAGUAGAACUGUUUAAUUUAUAUUCAAAACAGCCUUGGUAUCAUUUAAUGUAUCAUUAACAACUCAUCCGUUACAACAAAAGUGCCAACUGAUGCACGUUUCUACUAAGAAAAAGUGCUUUAGGGGAGAAGGAACUUGAGGUCAUUUUUCUGUACAUUUGCUCAAUGUUUCUAUGAGACCAAAAUUUCCCUGCAAAAAAAAUAACAAAUAUACGGCACAGUAUACACUUCUGUAGGUAAGAGGUUCUGGGAAGUUAGCGACAAUGAUACAACAACGUGGAUAUUGAUUCUCACUGAAUCCUUAGGAAAGCAAAUAAUCAGCUUGCUCAGGACCUGAUGUGGAUGUUGGUCCUUGCAGUUCAUGUGGUGAACACUGACUCCAAAGGUGUUAAGAAAGAGCUCAGGUAAUCCUGUGGAAGAAGAGCCAGAAGGGAUGGAGGACACCAAGAAAAUAAGACCUUUUAAAUCAACAUCAACAAAGCUCAUAUGAACUCACAGAGACGGAAGCAGCAUGCACAGAGCCUGCACAGUAAAUCUCUUUAGGGGACUGGAGAUAUGGUUAAGAGCACUUGCUGCAGUGCCGACCGGUGCCUCUUUUGUGACGCGGCAGAUGAGGAGACUCCAGCGCUCGCCAUGGCGGACGAGAAACCCAAGGAAGGAGUCAAGACUGAGAACAACGAACAUACUAAGUUUAAGAUUAAGAGGCAUACACCACUUAGUAAACUAAUGAAAGCCUAUUGUGAACGACAGGGUUUGUCAAUGAGGCAGAUCAGAUUCUGGUUUGAUGGGCAGCCAAUCAAUGAAACAGAUACACCUGCACAGUUGGACGUGGAGGAUGAAGAUACGAUUGAUGUGUUCCAGCAGCAGACAGGAGAUGUCUACUAAAAAGUGAACCUGGUACUUUACUCCAGAAUUUUGUUAUAGACCAAGAAUACAUUCCCAAUUAGAAAGCUGCAAUUUGGUUCCACCACAUCCUGACUACUGCAGUAUAGUUUUCUCUAUUCUUUCAUUUCCCUGUCCCCAUUUCUUUAUUGUACAUAAAGUAACUGGUGUACGUGCACAAGCAUUUGAGCUUUUUUCUUUUUUAAACUAAAUGGCCAAUGUUCUGUUUUGAUUGACAUCAGAUGGAGAUGGUCUGGGGGAAAGUACUGGUUCUGUGAAAAUAUCCCCCUCUCUCCAUCAGUGGCAUGCUCAUCCAGCUCUUACCUUUAUAUUCCAGUAAGUUAUU